CCACCCCCCGCCCCUCGGGUGACAGGCCGAGCCGGUCGCCUCUGGGUCUCUAGUAGUUUCCGUGCCGCUGACGCAUGCUUGCGCGCACAGCUGGGCCGGCCGCGUCCUACGCAGCAGCCGCGAGCCGGGCAGCCGGUGCCAGACGGUUCCCGGCGGGGGGCAGGGGCGGGGCGCUGCAGGAGGCCAGGGACUCCCGGCCAAGGAGCCCCAAGGAGGCUCGCCUGACUACUGACGAGUUGCCAUGGCAUCCUACUACGAUAUCCUAGACGUGCCGCGAAGUGCGUCCGCUGAUGACAUCAAGAAGGCGUACCGGCGGAAGGCGCUACAGUGGCACCCGGACAAGAACCCGGAUAAUAAAGAGUUUGCUGAGAGGAAGUUCAAGGAGGUGGCCGAGGCGUAUGAAGUGCUCUCGGACAAGCAUAAGCGGGAGAUCUACGACCACUAUGGCCGGGAAGGGCUGACGGGGGCAGGGACUGGCCCAUCUCGGGCAGAAGCUGGCAGUGGUGGGCCUGGCUUCACCUUCACCUUCCGCAGCCCUGAGGAGGUCUUCCGGGACUUCUUUGGCAGCGGGGACCCUUUCUCGGAGCUCUUUGAUGACCUGGGCCCCUUCUCAGAGCUUCAGAACCGGGGUCCCCGACACUCGGGCCCCUUCUUCAGCUUCUCUUCCUCCUUCCCUGGGCACUCUGAUUUCUCCUCCUCGUCUUUCUCCUUCAGUCCUGGGGCCGGUGCUUUUCGCUCUGUUUCUACGUCCACCACCUUCGUCCAAGGACGCCGCAUCACGACGCGCAGAAUCAUGGAGAACGGGCAGGAACGGGUGGAAGUGGAGGAGGACGGGCAGCUGAAGUCAGUCACGAUCAAUGGCGUCCCAGAUGACCUGGCACUGGGCUUGGAGCUGAGCCGUCGCGAGCAGCAACAGUCUGUCACCUCCAGGUCUGGGGGCACGCAGGUCCGGCAGACCCCUGCCUCACGCCCCUCUGACAGCGACCUCUCCGAGGAUGAUGAGGACCUGCAGCUGGCCAUGGCCUACAGCCUGUCAGAGAUGGAGGCAGCUGGGAAGAAACCGGCAGGUGGGCGGGCGGUGCAGCGACGACGGCACAGGCGGCCCAAGGCCCAGCACCAAGAUCCGGGCGUGGGGGUGACCCAUGAGGGUGCCAGGGGUGAUGUGGCCAAACCCAGCCCGUCCCCGGAGGAGAAGGCCUCUCGUUGCCUCAUCCUCUGACCACCAGGCCCAACCCACCCCGAUUCAGGGUGUCCAGGGGUCCUGCUUACUGUCAGGAGAGCAGAGAGGGGCACGCCUGAGCUGCAGGAGCCCCUCUGCAACCCCACGCUCCCUCUGCAGGUUUCCCUCCCAGGGCCACCCACACUCCAGUGUGGACUCUGGAUUUGCUGUGCUCAGCCCAUGGCCAAUAGGUCCCUGGUGAAGCCCAGAGUGGGGGGCCUCAGGGCAGUGGGAGGGCCUGAGGAGCCAGGAUGCACUUAUUCUUAUUAGGUGGGGAGUUUCUAAGGGGCAUUAGUGGUUUGGGUCGGGCCUUUUGUGCCCAGGUCUUCUGCCACCUGUGUUGCUGGUGAUGUCAAGGAAGGAGGACUUGGCCUGGGGUUCUCUGAGCUGGAGUCGGCAGCUCCGCUGGGGAGUCUCCCUCUCUCCUUGCUCUGCAGCUGCAGACACCCCUCCCCCCCCCCCCCCCCCCCUGAUUUCUGUGCAGUAUUGAGCUCUGACCGUCUCUGUUGCUUCCCUUCUGGUGCUGCUUCUCCUUCCUCGCACUCUUCUCUCUGCAAUUCCCUGCGGGCCGCAUCGCUUUCUUUCACUGCCGGCUGGCUAGGACUCCCUUCUUCCUUCCCCAAGAAGGCCUCAGUGUGGCGAGGAAGAUGCUGUGGCCGGUAGGGCCAUAAGGUCUUCCGGGGAGGCUAGCUGGGUGGGGCGGGAGCCUCUCGGCCGUCCAGAUUCGGAACCGGAGCCCACUCCUCCUCCCUUCCUCUUGCUGCCUCAGCCUGGCCCAGGCCUCAGGACUAGGCAGAGGUGAGGCCGGCUAACCCUGGAGAGGUGGGAUAAGGCCAGGGUGCCCCAGGAGGGAGGCCUAGGAGGGGACUGUACCCCGUCCUCCUUCACCAUGCAUCAGGGCGCAGGGGAGGCCACAGGGCUAGCCCAGGUCUGCAUGCUCAGCUCCAUCCUCCACGGCUUGCUGCUGACCCUCUCUCCUGUCACCCUGCCCCUGCUCUCUCCCCAGAUGUGUUCUGAGCUGGUGUCCGGGAUCCAGAGUCGCUGCACAGUUCCAACAGGACAGCGCCCUCCCCUGUGCACUGGGAGGGGACCCUCCAUCCCUCUCCCUCACCCGUGCUGAGUGUAGAGCUGGGCCUGGGUGGUGGGUGGGGGCUGGGUGGGAGGUGUCUUAGCCUGUAAACUCUUCCCUGGGUGUUUGGUGCUGUCUCUUGGGGACUACAAGUCCCAGAAUGCAAUGCACCCUGCCUCAUUUCUGAUAGGUCAUGCUUGGGGGAGGUGGUGCAUGGUUAUGGUGCAUCUUGGGACAUGUAGUUCCAGCCCAGAUCGGCCUGUCACUCCCCGUGAGACGGGGAGACCUUGUCAUUUGAUUUGUCCCUGGCAGGGCUGGCAGGAAUGUGGAUGAAGGGGUAAUGGGCCUCGCUUCGGUUCCCCUGACACCUCUUGCUAGCGCCGGGGUGGGAGUGUACAAAUCAAAGCCCUGCGGCAUCUGGGAGUGGCUCUUCCUGUGGGCAGUCCUGGGUCCCAGGAACAAGCCGGAGUGGAUCUGCUAAGCAGGGCGUGGCCCCAGAAGGCUGGUGGGCAUGGGCCGGCAGAGAGCUUGGAAGGGAAGGCCGCCCUAUUGGGAUGUGUGUGUGUGUGUGUGUGUGUGUGUGUGUGUGUGUGUGUGGCCGGGAUUGGCGUGUGAUGGGCACUCCGGGCAUGUUGCUGCUUGUACUGCUUCUUCUGCCUCUGACCCUGCUGCCCAUUCCUUCUCUCCAACAUCGCAGACGAGCUGCCUCUCCUCCUCCCUGCCUGGGGAGCCCAGGGGGCCCGGGAGGGGAGUGGUGGAGCCUGGGUGUUGCCAGCUCCUGGGACAUGGAGUCUCAGAGACCUAUCAAAGCCAGCUGGGCUGAGCUCAGACCGUCGGGGAAACGCUGCAAGUCAAUAUCAAUAAAGCUGAGUUUCCAGAGC